AAGACCCUGGCCCAUCUCUGAGCCCUGGAACCCUCAGACUCCUCACUAGGCCAUGGCCAACUCAGGCCUCCAGCUCCUGGGCUACUUCCUAGCCCUGGGUGGCUGGGUAGGCAUCAUCGCCAGCACCGCCCUGCCGCAGUGGAAGCAGUCCUCCUAUGCAGGUGAUGCCAUCAUCACUGCCGUGGGCCUCUACGAAGGGCUGUGGAUGUCUUGCGCCUCUCAGAGCACCGGGCAGGUCCAAUGCAAGCUCUAUGAUUCACUUCUGGCCCUGGACGGUCAUAUCCAGUCAGCGAGGGCCCUGAUGGUAGUGGCGGUGCUCCUGGGCUUUGUGGCCAUGGUGCUCAGUGUCGUGGGCAUGAAGUGUACUCGAGUCGGAGACAGUAACCCCAUCGCCAAGGGCCGUGUGGCCAUCUCAGGGGGUGCCCUCUUCCUCUUGGCCGGUCUAUGUACUUUGACUGCUGUCUCAUGGUAUGCUACCCUGGUGACCCAGGAAUUCUUCAACCCCAGCACACCUAUCAAUGCCAGGUAUGAAUUUGGCCCAGCUCUGUUCGUCGGCUGGGCCUCUGCUGGCCUGGCCAUGCUGGGGGGCUCCUUUCUUUGCUGCACAUGCCCAGAGCCUGAGAGAGCCAACAGCAUCCCGCAGCCCUACCGCUCUGGACCCUCAACUGCUGCCCGAGAACCUGUUGUUAAAUUGCCCGCCUCCAUCAAGGGCCCCCUGGGUGUGUAAAGUCCAGGUUCCCAGCCAGGCCCU